AUGUAUCUGGACAUUGACGCUCAAAUAACAUUAAAAAGUUCAAUGAAGCCAGAUACAAUCAAACUUUGGUCUGGAAUUUAUUCCUUAAUAGAAGUUGCAGAAGGUACCCCUAAUCAUAUAACUAUUACAACACCAUCAGUAUCUAUAAGAGGUUUGAAAAGAACCGAUCCAAAACAUAGAGAAAUUGUAUUCGAAUUCCUUGGCAUAAAAUAUGCUAAACCCCCACUAGGACAACGGAGAUUCCAGAAACCACAACCUAUAGAUAACUGGAUACACACGCUCAAUGCUACGUCAUUCGGUGCCGCGUGCUCUCAAAACGUACCAGAAUUCCAGAAGACAUCGUUUACAUCUGGUAUUUCAGAGGACUGUCUAUUCCUUAACAUCCACAUACCAAAAUUGAUCAGUAAAACGAAACUGUACUCCGUUAUGAUGUGGAUUCAUGGCGGUGGAUUUGAAGUUGGCUAUGGAAUUGAGGACGAUGUUACAGGUUUUGCCAUGACAGGAAAUGUUAUCGUCGUUACUCUUAAUUAUAGAUUGGGUGUGUUUGGAUUUUUCGCAAUGGACUAUCCGGCCGCUAGAGGAAAUUUUGGUUUAUGGGAUCAAAAACUAGCAAUACAAUGGGUGCACGAUAAUAUUGAAGCUUUCGGUGGCAAUCCAAAUUCCGUUACCAUUUUCGGAGAAUCGGCAGGUGCAAUGAGUACAUCGCUGCAGUCCUUGAUUUCUUCGAACAAAGGCUUGUUUCAGAGAGUAAUAUGUCAGAGUGGUGUUCAUAGCAAAAUUCUAAUGCGUAAACCGGAGGCUGUCAGGGAAUAUGCGACAGGUCUAGCAAAUAGAACUGGCUGUUCAAUUGAUGAUGAAUAUUCGUUCGUUGAUUGUUUGAGAAAUUUAUCAGUCCAAGAUCUAUUAAGGUCACCAAACGAAUACAAGGAUUCUGUAGCAUGGAUUCCAUUCGAUGUGAAAGAGAGAGAAUAUAUUGAUGAAAGCUUUCAUGAAGCCAGACACAGUCAAACUAUGGUCUAA